GAAAAGUAUUAAUUUAUAUUUAAUAUAAUUAGUUACAUUGAAAUGUUUGAGAAAUGGGUUCCAUCGUUCCCAAUACGACAACCAGAUCAAAUUGUCUCUAUCAAAGUAAAAAUGAACAGUUUUUCCCCAUCAUAUGAGCGUGAAAAACAGAUAAAAAUAAAUUGGCUCUUAUCAAAUGAAUAUCAACGUAUUUGGUUCUCAGAAAAAGCAAAAUAUGAUUUAUUGAAUUAUCCAAUAAAAGAUACAAAACGCCAACGAAUGGAAAAUUCUAGUCCACCUUUUGUAAUGAAAAAACGACCAACAAUAACUGGAAAAGUAAUGGUAAAUAGAACAAGACCUCCGUAUCGUCCAGAAUUGAAUGACUAACUGUUAAAUGAAGUAAAUAGUUUUUUUUUGUAUUAUUUGUUGUUCGUUAAAAUCAGUUUUUUUAAAAAUAAGUUUUACUUCGAUUUAUGACAAUUUGUGCAAAUGAUCUUAAUAAAUUCAUUGAA